UACGAUUACGUGCGAACCCUGGCAGAAGGUUCAUAUGGCGAUGUACAUGAGUGCAUUCACGCUGCAUCCGGGCAGCGAGUAGCCAUUAAAAGGUUUAAAGCAGCGCACCUCGAUCCCCAGAUUUGGCGUCUAGCCAUGCGUGAGCUGCGAGUGCUGCAGACGCUGCCCAGUCACCCAAAUAUUGUGCAGCUGAAACGGGCAGUCUGCAGUCAGUCAUCUGGCCGCCUCUUCUUUGUAUUUGAGCUUUUGCACGGAAGCCUUCUAGGGGAGUUGGGUCGUCACCCCGGGGGCUUCCUCCCCCCUGGACCCCUAAAGCACGUGGCUUGGCAGCUGCUGCAAGCACUCGCGCACUGCCACGAUAACAAGGUCGUACACAGGGACGUGAAGCCUGCGAACGUGCUCCUGAGCAACGAAUUACAACAACAGCAACCCCACUCGGUUGUCAAGCUCUGUGACUUUGGAUUCGCACGAUGGCUGGCCCCGGGAGCACCUAGAGCGGCUGGCUGCGGUGGUGCACCCCCCCAUGUCGCCACCAUGUCCGCCUAUGUCGUGACUCGCUGGUACAGACCGCCAGAGGUCAUCGUGGAAGACUUGUACGGCACUGCCGUGGAUAUAUGGUCGUACGGCUGUACAAUUGCCGAGCUUGCCAGCGGCCAUCCUCUGUUUCCCGGCUGUUCUUCCGCCGACCAGCUCUGGCGCAUCAGUCGCUGUUUGGGACCCCUG